AAGGAAGAAAAAGGAGUGGGAGCUCCAUUCUCAUAUUGCAGGUGUUGGAAGCUGAAAGCAGGAAGAAGACAUGAAACGGAAGCUGGGACAGUACAAUGAAGUAGCACCCAGGCCGAUUCUUCCUGAACCUCGUCCUGACCUCCCUUCUGUAAGUCACGCUACCGUAACCACUAUCUCCAGACAGGAGCAGUGACUCAGAGAUAGGGUAUUGUCUUUUAUUUGACUGGCAACAUCAGGGAGAAAUGUGAAAACUGUAAAUGUGCGACCCUGGCUGUGGAGGCGUCUUUUCUUAUAUCUUACUUUGUCCACCUUUCAAUGUUACUGAAAACUGCAUGGAACAUAAGUUACCACAAAUCAAAUCAUCAUCUCCCUUAACUACACUUUAAACUCCAAGAUCAUCUCCCCAAGUCAAGAAAGUUUCAAUCUAAUACAAAUCUCAGUGGAAAAAAUAGACUCAUGGUGAAGAAUAUUCAUAUACAUGCGUAACUCCUUGAAGUAGAGUUAAAACAACAAUAACUAAAAAGCAAAACAGAUGAACUUCACUUGAGGAAACAAAACUAAUAGAAUUGGAAAAAACCUCAGAGAACGGUGGCAUAUGCCUGUAAUCCCGGUGGCUCAGGAAGAUCAUGAGUUCAAAGCCAGCCUCAGCAAAGCAAGGUGCUAAGCAACUCAGUGAAACCCUAUCACUAAAUAAAAUACAAAAUAGUAGGGCUGGGGAUGGGGCUCAGUGGUUAAAUGCCCCUGAGUUAAAUCCCCCAUAUCUUAAAAAAAAAAAAGAAAAGGAACAAACCUAGAAAAUUCAUAGAUAAUAUUGUUCAGGAAAUGCUCUGGUAUUGCAUCCAUGAAGCAAAACUGGCAUUAUGGAAAGGAACCAGUAAGGCGUGUGGUGUCGAAUGCACAUAAUCCCUGCUACUGAGAGGCAGGAGAAUCACAAAUUAGAGGAAAGACUGGGCAACUUAGUAAGAGCCUGUCUCAAAACAAAACAAAAACUGAAUAUGCAGCUUUGAGAUAUGAUGCUCUUGAGUUCAAUCCCUAGUUCUGAAAAAGAAAAAAAAAAAACAAAUUGGAGAUUUUUUUUAGUGGUGCUGGGGAUUGAACUCAGGGCCUUGUGCUUGCAAGGCAAGCACUCUACCAACUGAGCUAUAUUCCCAGCCCCAAAUUGGAGAUCUUGAUAAUGAAAAACAGUUUUUGAAGUAAAUCACUGAAUGGGUAGAAUGAAUGACAGAACAGAUACACUGUAGAGCGAAUUAGUGAACUGGAAGAGUGGACAGAGAAAUUUUCCCAGAAUGCAGUAAGAAAGGAAAAUAGAUGGUAGUAUGAAAGAGGAUUUAGUCGACAUAGUAGAUCCAGAUGUGCUAAUAGUCAAAUGGGAGUGCCAAGAGAAAUUGAAGAAACUUAGGGAGACCCCGUCUCAAACAAGCAAACAAACAAAAGAAGAAGAAGAAACCAGGAACUGGAGAUGUUGCUCAGUGGUAAAAGCACCAUGGGGUUCAAUCUCCAGGGUCUAAAAAAAGAGUGCGGGGGAAGAGCAAGCAAUUGGAGGGGGAAAUAUGAAAAGAUAAUUUAUGCUGCAACUCUAACACCUCUUUCUUGCUGGUCAGUCUUUCUCCCACUUAUAGAGGCUGAAAAUGUCCACAAAUUGCUUUUCCAGCCACUUUUGCAACUGGGUCGUGGGAAGUGUGACUCAGGUCUGAUCAAUGGGAUCUGACAGGAAUUCUGCUGGGAGACUUAUAUGAAAUGAAGCGUGACAUUCAGGAAAAUGAUGAGGAGGCAGUGCAGGUCAAAGAGCAGAGCAUCCUCGAACUGGGGUCUCUACUGGCAAAGACUGGACAAGCCGCAGAACUUGGGGGACUCCUGAAGUAUGUACGACCCUUCUUGAAUUCCAUCAGUAAAGCUAAAGCAGCUCGUCUGGUCCGGUCUCUUCUUGAUCUGUUUCUUGAUAUGGAAGCAGCUACAGGGCAGGAGGUCGAGUUGUGUUUAGAGUGCAUUGAAUGGGCCAAAUCAGAGAAGAGGACUUUCUUACGCCAAGCUUUGGAGGCAAGACUGGUUUCUUUGUACUUUGAUACCAAGAGGUACCAGGAAGCAUUGCACUUGGGUUCUCAGUUGCUGCGGGAGUUGAAAAAGAUGGAUGACAAAGCCCUUUUGGUGGAAGUACAACUUUUAGAAAGCAAAACAUACCAUGCUCUGAGCAAUCUGCCGAAGGCUCGAGCUGCCUUAACCUCCGCUCGAACCACAGCAAAUGCCAUCUACUGCCCCCCUAAAUUGCAAGCCACCUUGGAUAUGCAGUCAGGUAUUAUCCAUGCAGCAGAGGAGAAGGACUGGAAAACUGCAUACUCAUACUUUUAUGAGGCAUUUGAAGGUUAUGACUCCAUCGAUAGCCCCAAGGCCAUCACAUCUCUGAAGUACAUGUUGCUGUGCAAAAUCAUGCUCAACACCCCAGAAGAUGUCCAGGCUUUGGUAAGCGGGAAGCUUGCACUUCGGUAUGCGGGGAGGCAGACAGAAGCAUUAAAAUGCGUGGCUCAGGCUAGCAAGAACAGAUCGCUGGCAGAUUUUGAAAAGGCCCUGACAGAUUACCGGGCAGAGCUCCGGGAUGACCCAAUCAUCAGCACACACUUGGCCAAGUUGUAUGAUAACUUACUGGAACAGAAUCUGAUCCGAGUCAUUGAACCUUUUUCCCGAGUACAGAUUGAACACAUAUCUAGUCUCAUCAAACUCUCCAAGGCCGAUGUGGAAAGGAAAUUAUCACAGAUGAUUCUUGACAAGAAGUUUCAUGGGAUUUUGGACCAGGGGGAGGGUGUCCUGAUUAUUUUUGAUGAACCCCCAGUAGAUAAAACUUAUGAAGCUGCUCUGGAAACAAUUCAGAACAUGAGUAAAGUAGUGGAUUCCCUCUACAACAAAGCCAAGAAACUGACAUAGAACUGGAUCUGUAGCGGUCCUUUGGAGAGUGUGUGUGGCGGGAGAGUGAAACCUUGGGGCAAAAUGCUAGGAGAUUUCUUUUUUCUUUUUGUUCUACUUUUCGCUCGGAAAGUUUUUAAAUCCUCAUUUGGUGCAUCUGUAUUCCAGCCGAUAGGUGUGCCAGUUUUCAUGUAAUCUUUACUGGCCCAACUUGGGAGUGGGGAAAUUGCUUAAAAAAAAAAAAAAGAAAAAAAAAAAGAAAAGAAAAAAAAAGAUUAUUCUAAAUAAAAGGAAAAAGGCUUACACUACCUAAAGCUGUGCUCUCUGCCUCCUGGGAGAGGGCCACAAAGCCAGGCACCCCACCAACCACUGGGGGCCCUAAUCUACCCGCUGGGCAUCACCUCUCCUCCUCUUCAGAAUUGGGUGUUUGCUGACCAUCAAAAGCAAUGACUUUUUAUUCUGUUUGUACUGAACCAAAACAAACAACUGUGUAUAGACUGCUAUUUUCUUUUUUAUUUGAAAUGAGGUGUUUUGGUGUUCUUUCCCCUGCCAUUUGGCCUGUCCAUCCUUCCUUCCCCCUGAUAUUGGCUCCAGCAGACUAGCCGAAGGUCCUUCUACCGCCGCCACCGCCGCCGCCGCAUCAGCAGCAGCACCUGCACAGCUCCGCUCUGACCUGUGAAAGGAAUGGGGACAAGGCCAGGAGCUAGUGUCUACCACGGCCACACAGGGAGCAGCGUGGGCCCUCAGCCCCCAGGGGACCUGCUGUGCAUGUGGCUUUUUUUUAACACAGUAAUUAGACUAGAUGUCAGUGUUUUAACUGCCCCUCUUCUCUUUCCUCUGCUCUUCUUUCUCUUCUCUUUCCCCUCUCUCAAUCAGGAGACCACCUUUUCCUUCCCUCUCCCACUUCUCCUCUCCUGCUCUCAGAUGGAUUUAUUCCUUUUUAAAACAGUGAACAUCGGAAAUGAGACUGUGGGGUGUUUUUUUUUUUUUUUUUUUUUUUUUUUAAUUUUCCUUGUUGGAUUUUUGAGCAACCUCAUGUCCCCUUCCCAGGGAGCAUCUUUAUUUACCUCUUAGAACUUGAAUGGAUGGGAGGUAGAGCACUGUAUUUCAGCAUGCUUUGUUUUCUGAUAUGAUUACAUAGCAAGGCUUUAAUGCCAUCUGGGCAGGUAAGCUUCUGCACCUUUGCUGUGCUCAACAAUAUUUUCUUCUCUCAUCUUCUUUUUUUACUUCUCCCUCUCUUCCUGACUUCUUCCUGCUGGCCUCCUUUCUCUUUCUUUACCUUUCUCAGAUUAUCCUUCCAGGUUUUCGUAAUAAAUUUAUAUUUUGUAAAAGGAUUUUGUUGUACCAGGUUUUGCAUCUUCACUGAAUCUGACUGGCUUUUAUUUUCCUCUCCGAAAUCAGGUUUUUGUUCUUAACAUCUUCUCUUCCCAUCAUGUCCAGUCACUGUUUUGGUUUUGGCACCAUCAAUAUCAAAUGUACAAACGGUUCUUGCUAACCAACACCAGGUAUAUCUGAUGUUCAGAUGAGUUCCAAUAAAAUAAUUUUUUUUU